CAUUUCUUGGGGAGCCCGUGACGAAAUCACGUCAGAUAUAAGAAGCGCACCUGGAGACUGGGGUUUGGCAGCCGAGGUGAGGAGCGCAACACAGUUGUUCAAAACCUGGCCAGCCAGCAAUAGAAACGCAAUGAUUGCCAACGUCUCUGCUUACUGCAUAUUUUCACUUCUACUUUUGAACGUCGUUGGGGCGAAACCAGUCUCCAAUUUACAGAGCCUUAAAGAGCUUUUUGAGGAAGAAGCGAAUAUGCCUUAUUUUGGAAUGAGAGAGUCCGAGAUGGAGCCAAAAGAAGCGAAUGCAGAGAGAACCGCUCCAAGCGCGGAUGCGGAGCGACCUUGGGAAAGCGAUGAGAUCGGUGCUGCGCUGGCGGGCAAGGAGAACGCGAUCGAGCGCCUUCUCGGUGACAUUCUCUCUGUUUCAAAACGCUCAUGGAGUCGAUUCAAGAAAGGAGGGCUGAGAAGUUGCUUUGGCGUUAGGCUAGAACGAAUCGGUUCCUUUAGCGGUCUGGGAUGCUAAGCAUCAGGACCCGUUGGUACUGGAAUAGGGCACAGAAACUCUCCUUACUUGAACUCCUCGGGCAGGGCUUUUUAUUUUAAACAAAAUAUUUGACUGCAAGUUUACAGUGGAUUCGUGCUCAGACUGCCUUUUCUUGUGUUAUUUAUUCAGUGGUAACUGUGUAGAAUAGUAAAUUGUAAAUAUAUUUUUUUUUAAUUCUAUGAUCUGCAUCUUUUUACUGUUUCUUCAGUGUAUCUAUUUAUUUCUUGUCCAAAUAUAUCAAUGUUAUAGAGUGUAUGUUGUGACAAAAUAAAUAUUUUGCAUAAUA